UACAGGGAGAGAUCUGCCCGCAUCAGCUGCUGAGGACUUCCUUUGCUGCUUCCAGAAAGGAAAAUAAAAGCAAAACACUUCUAAAUCACUUUUUCUUCCACCAGCUCUCGUAGUGGUGGCCAGGGAGCAGCAGGGCUGCUGGGCUCUGCAGAAAGCCCAAGGCAGCAGGGGGGCUCUGCCCUGCCCAGCCCUGCCCCACAGACUGCUGCCUCCCCGCCUCGCUGCACCCCCUCGUGCGCCCGUCGUGAGCCCAAGAGCUGUGGCACCUGGGACCCCAGAAAUUUUGCAUCUGGUGCUCAUUUGUGGUACAAGAGACAUCUCCUGGGCAUGACUGCUGCUGGGCAGAGCUCUGGGGCUGGGGCCGGGAGGUGCGCGGGCACCCUUCAAUCCUCGAUUCCGUCACCCCUCGGCCCCGUUGUGGCCACCCAACCUGAGGUGAGGGCCUCUUGGCCAGCCCCUGGGUGUGAGGUGACUUGGGAUUUUCUUGCAGGAGGCAAAAAGACGUAACUUUAGCGCUUGUUGUGCCCCAAGGCUGUUCCACUGGUAAUGCUACAACCAGCGCCUUGGACGGGUCUGGGUCGUGCUGGUGGCAGCUAUUAGGGCAGAGUAGGGGCCCCAUGGGGCAGGACAGGGGCAGCCUUUGCUGGGUAGAGGGCAAAGCAACCGGGCAGGGCAAAAAGCAAACAACUGCCCCAUAAACUCAGCCAGCAGCAGGGAGCCGAAGCCAGCGGCUCGUCUGUGCCCCGGGUGGCUGCUGCUGUGGGGAGGGGCUGCGUGCCCCUGGCACGGGGCUGGGGCCGUUACCUCCUGGUCCUUGCCAGCCUUCCCUGCUGCUCUGGGAGCGGGGCAGCGGCCAAGCAGGAAGCACCAGGCUGAGGGGAUGCCCCGUGUGGGCUGCAAAAGCGGAUCUGCAUCCUGCUUCGUCCGCAGUUCCCCUUUUGGUGUGGAUAUAAAGGCGGUGUGGGCAGAGAGAGCCAGGCAGCAGCACGGCAGCGUCGGGCAGCCAGGAUGGGAGUGCGGAGCCUUUUGGUGGCCAGCACGGUGCUGGCUUUGGGUCUGGCGCUCACUGGGGCCACCAACCCUGGCUUUGUGGUCAGGAUCACCCAGGCAGGCUUGGACUACGCCAAGCAGCACGGGGUUGCUAUGUUGGAAAAGGAGCUGGCCCAGCUGAAGCUGCAAGACAUCUCAGGUGAAUCACGAAUCCGGAUCUUGGGGAAGGUGCGCUACCAGAUCUCCAGAUUGAACCUUCGCAAUUUCCAGUUGCCGCACUCGCAGAUUUCCCUGGUCCCCAACCAGGGCCUGCAAGUCUCCAUCUCCAACGCCUUUGCUGAGCUGGACGGGAACUGGCGUGUGAAGCUGCGCUUCCUCCGGCACCAUGCAUUCAACCUGAAGCUGUCGCACGUCUACAUCAAGACCAUCCUGAAGCUGGGCAGAGAUGCCUCUGGGACAACAAUUGAUAUCUCUGCCUGCAGCACCAGUAUCUCCAAUGUCCGCAUACGCUUUCAGGCAAAUUGAGUUGGCUUUACAACCUCUUCCGUAGAACCAUUGAGUCCAAAUUCAAGAAAAACUUGGAAGGCAAGGUCUGCGGAAGCCUGAGUAGCUCUGUCAGAAGAUACCUACAGCCUUACGUCCAGACCGUACCAGUCACAGCCAAGAUAGAUGCCAUGGCUGGGAGCG